AUUGUACUGGUCAGUGGACAUCUGGACAGCUGGGACGUCGGGCAGGGUGCCUUGGAUGAUGGUGGUGGAGCCUUUAUAUCAUGGGAAGCCCUCUCGGUUAUUAAAGAUCUUGGGCUGCGUCCAAAGAGAACUCUGCGUUUGGUGCUCUGGACGGCGGAGGAGCAAGGUGGAGUGGGUUCCUCCCAGUAUUACCAGCUGCACAAGGCAAAUAGCUCCAACUACAGCCUUGUGAUGGAGUCUGACCUGGGGACCUUCUUACCCUCUGGGCUGAGGUUCACUGGCUCUAACUCGGCCAGGAUCAUCAUGGAGGAGGUCAUGAGCCUGCUGCAGCCCAUCAACAUCACACAGGUCCUGAAGAAUGGAGAUGGGACGGACAUUAACUUCUGGAUCCAAGAUGGAGUGCCUGGAGCCAGUCUACUUGAUGACCUGUAUAAAUAUUUCUCCUUCCAUCACUCCCAUGGAGACACCAUGACCGUCAUGGAUCCAAAGCAGAUGAAUCUUGCUGCUGCUGUUUGGACCGUUGUCUCUUAUGUCAUUGCAGACUUGGAAGAAAUGCUGCCGAGGUCUUAGCAAGAACAAGAGAGAGGGCACUUUUGUCCUUUCUGGCCAGGAAUCCUGGGUCUGCAGCUUUAGGAAGCCCCUCUUCACCCAACAACUUAUUGAUCAUUUACAAAGCGCAACACUUUGCAUACUUUCUGCUAUUAUCUUUCCUGAUACUUUCCAAAUUCUGUUUUCCUAGUGUAAAGAAUGAUCCCACAUAGAAUCAAAUCAAAUCCCACCCCCACAUAAAAUCAAAAUAUGGUAGAGAUCCCAGUGGGGGCAUUUCUUUAUACCACUUACUAAAAAUAUUGUUUCUACUUCAGAAGUAAAUACUGGAUAAAGCUUUGGAAGACCUCUGGCUUUUAUGCAUGUAUUUAUGAACAUUAAAUCAAAUAUAGUGACACCAA